GAGGGCUUUUGCCUCGCUAUAGUCACGUGACGGCGCCAUCCGGGUCCUUUGCCUUCUCUCCCUCUGCCCAACAUGGCGGCUUCAGUCUGAAGAGUGACUUUUAUAUGCCUUUGAAAUGCACCAGACUGCACCAUUAUCUGCAGGUAUUAUCCAAAAUAAGCCGGAAGCUAAAAAGAAGAACAAGAAGGGGAAAACCCUUACUCUGACGGACUUUCUGGCAGAGGAUGGUGGCAGCGGUGGUGGCGGUGGAACCACCUUUAUUCCAAAACCAGUCAGCUGGGCCGAUGAGACAGACGACCUGGAAGGAGAUGUUUCCACCACUUGGCAUAGUAAUGAUGAUGAUAUGUACCGAGCCGCACCAAUUGACCGGUCCAUCCUGCCCACUGCACCUCGGGCUGCUCGGGAACCCAAUAUAGACAGAAGCCGUCUCCCAAAGUCGCCCCCGUACACUGCCUUUCUGGGAAACUUGCCCUAUGAUGUGUCAGAAGAGUCCAUCAAGGACUUCUUCAGAGGACUCAACAUAAGUGCUGUGCGUUUGCCCCGGGAACCUACUAACCCAGAAAGGUUGAAAGGUUUUGGUUAUGCCGAGUUUGAAGACCUGGACUCCUUGCUCCGGGCUCUGAGCCUCAAUGAAGAGUCUCUAGGGAACAGAAGGAUACGAGUGGAUGUUGCUGAUCAAGCUCAGGAUAAAGACAGGGACGAUCGCUCCUUCGGCAGAGAUCGUGAUCGCAACCGGGACUCGGAGAGAUUCGAGACUGACUGGAGGGCUCGUCCUGCUACUGAUAGCUUUGAUGAUUACCCUCCACGCAGGAGCGAGGAUAGCUUUGGAGACCGGUAUCGGGACCGCGAUCGUUACAACGAUUCGGACCGGUAUCGCGAUGGCCCUCGCAGGGAUAUGGAUCGCUUUGGGGGCAGAGAUCGUUAUGAUGACCGUAGUAGAGACUACGAUAGAGGAGGCUACGAUUCCAGGGUGGGCAGUGGCCGGAGAGCCUUUGGCACUGGGUACCGUCGGGACGAUGACUUCAGAGGGGGAGGUGACCGUUACGAAGAUCGAUAUGAAAGGAGGGACGACAGGGUGGACAGGUGGAGCUCCCGGGAUGACUACGCCCGGGAUGACAUUCGUCGCGAUGAUAGAGGUCCCACUCAGAGGCCAAAACUGAACCUGAAACCGCGCAGCGCCCCCAAGGAGGAAGACUCCUCGGUGGCCCCUGCCACUCAGUCCAGCCGCGCAGCCUCGAUCUUCGGGGGUGCCAAGCCUGUGGACACGGCCGCAAGGGAGCGUGAAGUGGAAGAGCGGCUACAGAAGGAGCAGGAGAAGCUGCAGCGUCAACUGGAGGAUGAUAAACCAAGGCUAGAAAGGCGGCCCCGAGAGAGGCACCCCAGCUGGCGUAGUGAAGAGAACCAGGAGCGAUCACGGACAGGGAGCGAGUCCUCGCAGACUGGGAGCACAGGCCCGUCCGUGGGAACUGGCCCAACAGGAAGAACCACCCGAAGGAGGGAGAGUGAGAAGUCCUUGGAAAAUGAAACCUUCAGCAAAGAGGAUGAUGCUCCAUCUCCAACCUCCAAGACCCCCAAGGAAGAGAAGCUCCCUCUGAAAGUGAUGCCAGCACCACCGCCGAAGGAGAACGCUUGGGUUAAACGCAGCAGCAACCCCCCUGCCCGCUCCCUGAGCUCUGACACGGAGCAGCACUCUCCCACAAGCAGCAGCCAGGCAGCACCAGCCCAGCUGUCGGAGGAUAGAGCACCACCUAAGAGUGCUUCCAGGAAAGGAGAUGAGAACAAACCAGAUGAGGGGAAGGAGAGCGUUCCAAAAGCUCGAGGUGGCCCAGGAGACGGAGGCAGCAGAGAUCAUUGGCAAGAUUCAGAUAGGAAAGAAAGCAAGAACGAUCAUGACUCGCAAUCUGCAUCUGAGCCAAAGAAACCCGAAGAGAAUACAGCCUCUAAGUUCAGCUAUGUUAGCAAGUACGCUGCUCUGUCAGUGGAUGGUGAAGAUGAAGUGGAGGAAGACAAUUACACUGAUUAAAGUCUCCAGACCCUGUGCUGUCUCCUAGCCGAUCACCACCCAGGAACAUAGGAAAAGCAAACCAAACCAGAUGAGACAGAAAUAAAAUGUAAAACUCAA